UUUCCUUAUCAGAUCUCAUUCUCAACGGUUUUAAUUUAGUUUCGGCCCUGAGAAAUAUUUUCAAAAAUCUCAUGUUCACUCUAUAGUCUCCCCUAAAAUCUCUGCUUAAAGCCUAAAAGCAGCUGAUUCAGGUAAUCAUACGUUUCUGCUGUUCGCCAUUAAUGCCUGUCUCCGAGGUUUGGUUUGUUUUCCUGAGUGAAGAUUGACUGACCACGUUGCUCUCGCGCGUAAUCCGCAAAUCUUGAGUUUGUUUCGUUUUCACGAAAACGUGGUGCGAGAAGCUUGUCGGUUGCUUCGGUUUUCGGGAAAAUUGAUUCUUGUUUUCAGUUUUGAGCUGGAGAUGGCGGUCAAUUUAGUGUCUGGAUUAGGAGGAGGUAUGGUUUGAGCAGUGUUGGUUGGGAUGGGAAUUGAGUAAGGAUUUCUGCGGGGGUGUGGUUGGUUGGGUUUUUGAGGGUUUUGUGGGAUAUUACGAGAGAAAAUGUUGUCUGUGUCGCCGAAUUCUGUAGCUCGGAGCUCGCUAGAGGAAAUGCUGGAAUCUCUGCGGCGGAGAGACGAGAACGAGGCGCCGAAGGACAUGCCGCCGGCUCUCCCGGCACGCCCCAGGGCGAGCUCUCGCGCUCGCCUUCCGUCUCCAAAGCGGGUGCUGCCGACGAGCUCUGAAGUUAGUGAUUCCGGGUCAGGCCAGAGCUCAUUGAAUUGUUAUGUUAAGGAGGGAGAAAGGAAAGAGCAGAGAGGGAACAGUUUUGGGGCUAAAAGAAUUAAAGAAACGGAACUAGGGGAAUCGCCCUAUCUCUUGGCAGCAUCAGCUAACAAGGUGCAGGAUCAGAGGUCGGAGGAGAAAGACAAUGCGGAGCUCUCAAACUUGCCUCCUGGAUCUCUGCUGAGGUUUAGGGAGUCCGAGUGGGAUGAUAACGUUGGGUAUUUCAUUCAAAAGAAACUUCGUGUUUGGUGUCGGAUGCAUGAUGGCCUCUGGGAAUCUGGGCAAAUAAAAUCAACUUCAGGGGAGAAAGCAUUGGUUCGCCUGUCAGAUGGAAAUAUUGUGACAGUUCCCACUCAAGAGCUCCUACCUGCCAAUCCGGACAUUCUUGAGGGAGUGGAUGAUCUUGUGAAGCUUAGUUACUUAAAUGAGCCUUCAGUUCUUCACAACCUCCAAUGCAGAUAUUCAAAAGACAUAAUAUAUAGCAAGGCUGGCCCUGUUUUACUAGCAGUCAAUCCUUUCAAAGAUGUCGAGCCAUAUGGGAAUGAUGUUAUUACAGCUUUUAGGCAAAGAAUUUUGGACAACCCUCAUGUUUAUGCUGUUGCAGAGACAGCAUACAAUGAAAUGAUGACAGAUGAAAUAGACCAGUCUAUCAUCAUAAGUGGAGAGAGCGGCUCUGGGAAGUCUGAAACAGCUAAGAUAGCAUUGAAAUAUUUGGCAGCAAUUGGUGGAGGUAGUGGUGGAAUAGAGUCUGAAAUCUUGCAAACAAGCUGUAUACUGGAGGCCUUUGGUAAUGCCAAAACAGCCAAGAAUGACAACUCCAGCCGAUUUGGAAAGUUAAUUGAAGUCCACUUUAGUGCUGCUGGACAAAUAUGCGGUGCUAAAAUACAGACCUUCCUCCUUGAGAAGUCAAGAGUUGUUCAGUUGGCUCAAGGAGAGCGUUCCUACAACAUUUUCUACCAGCUGUGUUCUGGGGCUCCUUCUGAUAUCCGAGGUAGGUUAAGGUUAAAAAAGGCUUCUGACUACAACUAUCUCAAUCAGAGUGAUUGCUUCGAGAUCCAGAACAUUGAUGAUGCUCAGAAAUUUCAUAUGCUUAUGGGAGCCUUAAAUACUGUCAAAAUUUGCAAAGAAGAUCAGGAACACGCCUUUGAGAUGAUUGCUGCAGUGUUGUGGCUGGGAAACAUUUCGUUUCUUGUAACGGACAAACAAAACCACAUAGAGAUUGUUGCUGAUGAAGCUGUAAUAAAUGCUGCUAGCUUGAUAGGCUGCAGUGAGCAGGAGCUAAUACUUGCUCUGUCAACCCGGAAAAUACAAGUUGGAAAAGAUGAGGUUACCAGAAGGCUGACACUAGAACAGGCAAUCGAUUCGAGGGAUGCAUUGGCGAAGUUCAUCUAUGCAAGCUUGUUUGACUGGCUUGUAGAAAAGAUCAAUUUGUCACUUUCCAUGGGCAAACAUAAUACCGGCCGAUCGAUAAGCCUGCUAGAUAUUUGCGGAUUUGAAUCAUUUAAGAAAAAUAGCUUUGAACAAUUUUGCAGAAAUUAUGCUAACGAGAGGCUCCAGCAACAUGUUAAUCGACACCUCUUCAAACUUAAGCAAGAGGAGUAUGAGUUAGAAGGAAUUGAGAGGACAAAAGUAGAUUUUGAAGACAACCAAUCUUGUUUGGAUCUCUUUGAGAAGAAACCUACUGGGUUGAUAUCUUUACUGGAUGAAGUAUCAAACCUCCCCAAGGCUACAGGUUUAACUUUUGCCACUAAACUCAAGCAGCAGUUGAAUGCUCACCAUUGCUUUAAAGUAGAUAGAGGAGGAUUCAGCAUUCAUCAUUAUGCUGGAGAGGUUCUUUAUGACACAGGGGAAUUCUUGGAAAAGAACAGAGACUCAUUGCAUUCUGAAACCAUACAACUACUCUCAUCCUGCUCUGGAGAACUACCUCAAUAUUUUGCGUCUACACUCCUCAAACAAUCUCAGAGUCCAGAGAGUGCAUCGGUGCAGUUGGCAAUGCUAUCUUGUCAGAAGCCAAGUGUUGCAGCAAAAUGCAAGGUUCAGCUGUUUAAAUUAAUGCAGCAUCUUGAAAGCACAGCACCACAUUUCAUCUGUUGUAUAAAACCAAAUAGCAAGCAGAUUUCUGGUGUGUUUGAGAAACACCUUGUCUUACAGCAGCUUAGAUGCUAUGGGAUCAUAGAAGUUGUUAGGAUUUCAAGAUCUGGGUACCCCAUCCGGAUGACCCAUCAAGAGUUCACAAGAAAGUACAGGUGCCUACUUCCGGAAAAUAUGGCUUGUCAAGAUCCAUUAAGCAUGUCAAUGGCCAUUCUGCAACAGUUUGAUGUCCUUCCAGAGAUGUACCAAGUUGGUUAUACGAAAAUAUACUUCCGCGCAGGACUGAUUGGUGCCCUGGAAGAUGUUCGAAAACAAAUUCUGCAAGGUACUCCCUGGAUGCAGAAAUGUCUCCCUGGUCAUCGUAUUCGUCGAGACUUCCAUGCACUUGAAGGAGUAAUAGUAACAUUGCAAUCAUAUGUUCGUGGUGAAAUUGCAAGAAAGGAGUACAAUGUCUUACUUCAGUUGAAGAAAAAGCAUGUUGCCUGUGACAAGCUAGACGAGGAGCUGAUGGCUGUUUUGCAGAUACAGUCUGCAAUUCGUGGAUGGUUGGCAAGAAGGCAUUUUAGUCACCUAAGGAAUUCAAAACAGUCAAAUGCUAGUAAACUAAAACCAGGCAGGAGGAGUUCUGAAGUCAAGGUUCUGCCACCAGAAACAUUAUGUUCAGUUGUUGACGAGCUUCAAAAGCGGAUAUUGAUGGCAGAAGCAACAGUUGAACAAAAGGAAAAGGAAAAUGCAGCUCUGAGAGAGCAAGUGCAACAAUUUGAGGCACGGUGGCCGGAGUAUGAGACCAAGAUGAAAUCCAUGGAAGAGAUGUGGCAAAAGCAGAUGGCAUCGUUACAAAUGAGUUUGGCUUCAGCUCAAAAAAGUCUUGGUGCUCACAAUACCAUAGGUCAACCUGGAAGGCUUGAUGGGGCCCAGUCACCCCAAUUUUAUGACUCGGAGGAUAUGUCUAUGUCUCUGUCUAUGGGAACUCAGACUCCUGGAGGUAGCACCCCUAUGAGAUUUGUUAACAAUGGUAUCGAGGAACUGCCAUGUCGGGACACAAAUGGAGGUCUGAAUCCUAUCGGCCCUCUCAUGAAGGAGUUUGAGCGAAGGAGACAAAAUUUUGAUGAAGAAGCUCAAGCAAUCGUAGAGGUGAAGCCAGGGCAUUCCCCUUCUGUAAAUCCUGUAGAGGAUUUACGUAGACUGAAACACAGGUUUGAGUCAUGGAAGAAAGAUUACAAGGUUAGGUUAAAGGAAGCAAAAGCCAAAGCACAGAAGCUUGUGCAGAACGAUCCCGAGAGACAUAGGCGGAAGUGGUGGAGCAAGAAAAAGUAAAAGACUAUACCGUUAAUAUGAUUCUUCAUGGUUUUAGCAACAUUGUAAUGAGUAUUAGAUGCUCUUUUUGGUAGUUAGGUAAAGAUUAGGAGAGUGAAUGGGGUGUGUGUAUAUAUCAAUUUUGUUGUUGCGUGGAAGUGUCAGCUAUCCCGCUCCUGAGCUUAGGGAUUCCGUUAGUUGAGUUUUUUCCUGCCCUCCAGUGCUGCUGUGUAUAGUAAUUUAGUGUGUAGAACCUGGAAGAGAAGAAUUCAUAAUGCCUCUCCUCUCCCGGACUCAUGUCAUAUGAAACAAAAUCUAUUUAAACUGCUGUUGAAAAACUUUUCAAGCCGCUUGCUAUGUGGCCUGUGUUUUUUGUCUUCUCCAAAACUAAUGUUUUGGUAACCUGAGUGUAUUUAAGAGAAAUUUCUUGCAUGUAUUCCAUUAUUGAUAUGGGUUUGAUUUUUGGUCUUGAUGCUUUCACACUCUGCGUAUAGAAUUUCCUGAACUUAAAUAUGCAAUAGAACCACAGACUGGGUUUGACAUCCACUGCCCACCGUCUCCCAGCCUAAUGGCAUCAUCUAUAUUGUGGUUUGUUAUACACUGAUUAGCAGAUAGACAACCUGGAUACUAUGUCUUUCGAGGGGGGAUCUUGAAGUGCUCGCAACAAUGAACUUUGUCAUUGAAUUCAAUCAAUCAGGUAAGAUAUUAUCAACUUCCCAUACAUGUUCUACAAUCUCUUUACUUUCUUGCAUUCACACCACUAAACUGAUCCAUGAUCUUAUGAUCCAGGGACAAACUUGGUGGCAUAGACCC